UUAAAAACUUCGAAAAAAGGCAGAACGCAGACUAAAUUUGUACCUGUCAUUGAAAAAUUGCUAAAGUCGAGGAUAAGUGGUGUGCUUACUUAAAUUUGGUUUCCCUAUUCCCCGUCAGCUAUCAAUCGGCAGCCGUUGUUCGGGUCUAGCGUAAUUUCACGAUGGACAGUGCUGGCGUGAACGGGUUCAAUACCUGGUUAAAAGGAAAACUACGUGAGUUCAAUACCGACGAAAGUGUGUUCGGUUCCUAUAUCACCGGAAUUUUGGAGGGCGAUGAGACCGGCGAAGAAAAAACCGAAGCCCUGGAAGGCAUCCUGGCCGAAAUUAUUGUCAGAAUCUGAUUUAAAUACCUUCAUCAAAGAAAUUCUGGACAAAUGGAAGCAGUGCCAUUCGGUGGAGGCAAUACCCGCUUCUGGGCAGGCUGUUAAGCUAGAUGUGGAUGAGCAGUUGGCGAAACUGCUGGAGAAUCAAAAACUAGCCAAAAAGGUGGAACGAGAAUAUACGGAAGAAGAACGGCGCAUCAAGCAGCAGAUCUUGUCCCAAUACAGUCAGCUCUCUGAAAGUGAACACGAAGAUGUCGACGAUGAACCCGGUGCCGGUGGGGGAGGAAGUGGCUCGACUGGCGACGGUGGACUGACUCGUAACACUAAUGCAGCUGAUGUAGCUGCCCUGGUGCGGGAGAAGCGAGAACAGGCCAAAUUGGAAAGUCAGCAGAAAAAGGAGAAGGAUCGUCAAGACAGGGAAAAACAGAAGCAGCUUCGUGAGGAAAAGAAGGAAAAGCGCAAAACUGUAAAAGGAGAACGACGCCGGUAGCGCCCUUAAAGGAAGAUAAAACCCUUAAAUUGUAAUCAUCAUUGCUCUUCCCCAGAGCUAUCUCCUACUGUAUUAAACUUAUCGAUGCAUGUGCGGCAAUUCUUGCUGGGCAGGUUAAAAGCCAAUGCGUCAAACCAACGAAAAGAAAGCUAGGUUUGGCUUCGAAUAAAAAAAAAAACAGUCAAUCGUGUUGCAAUCAAUCGAUUAUAAUUUACAUCAUAACUCCGCCGUGAUACCAAUAGUUUUGCAGAACGGACAUGCUUCGUUGAAUGUCACUCAAAUAGUCGUAAUAGCUAUAGUCUGGGUCAUAGUCGGAAUAAUAUUCUUGUUCAUAAUAGUAAUAUUCCGGCUCGUGAUAUUCACGUAGUCUGGGACCAUUCGAUUGAAGACACCUGAGCAGAAAUUGGAGAGGUUGAAGGUGCUUUCCCACUACUAAAGAGACAACUAUUAUUUUUUAUAUGAAAAUAUUCUCAGCUUUAAACUUACGAUUUUCCAAACCAUUGGAUUGGUAAAUGAUAUCUACUAGAAGCCAAACGACAACGGCAGAAUUCUGAGCCUUCAUUUUCGAUUCACUGCUCAAACCUGAAUGGUGAUUGUGCUUUGAAUUUUCAUUACCAACUGGAACAAGUUUGUUGUUAUGAUGAGCUGCUAUUAAAAUUCAAUUUAUGUUGCUCACAGGAUACCAGAUGCAACUUUAUGAUACAAUAACUUCAUGUAAACAAUAAAAAAUUCUAUUUGUUCUGAGUUAAGAAAAAUCAACAAUAUUAUUUUAUUGAUUUUCAAUAAAUUAAAAAAAAGUUGACAAUGGUCAACAAUAUCCUUGAAUGUUACAUCUGCAUGUCUAUGGCAGUCAACUUGUUUUUAAACGAAAUAAUGAAUUGAGUCUAAAUUGGAGAAUAAUAAUGAAGUAACGUGCGAUAACCGUUUUUAGUAUGUGCAGAGGAAUUCCACACCAAAUGACUAAUUCGUUAGUAAAAUACUUUUAAAGGCCAGACGAUACAAAAUGUUUCUGAAAUCUAAACAAUAAAACAGUUUUCUAUAGAGCUUUUAGAGGCUUUCUUGAGACCAGAAAACGUUAUAAAAAUUCUUUAAAAUUGAAUUCAGAAUGACAACAAUGCUUUUAAUGACCAGAAGCCAGAAAAGAAAAUGAUCAUAAAUUAAAUUUAGAAUUUCGAAAAAAUGCCACUGAAAACCAUAUAUAAGAUUCCUAAUCGAGCUUAGAGUAGGAUUACCAUUUGGUCGGAGUUAAAAAUCAGGGCAACUUUUUUCCAGCGAAAAUAUGACCUA